CUCUUUUUUUUUUUUGUUCAUCAGAGUGGGAUGCGGGAUUUCUCUGAGGAUGUCAUGCGUGCUGCUACUGUAGCGUUUGCAUGCGCGUGCAUUUCUUUGAGCUCAGGAAAUGAUGGGUCCCUGUCUACUGGAGGCUGUUUGGAUGGAGAGGAUGUUUUGAUAUUUUAACAGAGGGAGAACGUGGACUGGAUGUUGCUGCAGUGUUUUCUCAACGUCUUCAGUGGAAUGGGCCUCAAACACCUCAAGUAUCUGCUGCUCUGUGCGGCUGCAGUGACACUUUCUGGAGUUAGUGGUAAAGAUGGGAUCAGCGAGUCAAACAGCUGGGACCGCCAGAGGCUCCCGCUGCUGCUGAACACACACACACAGUUUUUAAAGCGCUCUUUAUUUAGAGGGCAAGAGCAGGAGGAUGAGGAGAAAGGUAGAGCUAGGACACUCUGUGGGAUUGAGUGUCAAGGCAGCCUCCCGCCUCUAGACCAGACUGAGCAAGAGAGGAUUCUAGGAUACGAGACUAUGUACGAGAACGGCACACGUACACACACAGAUGUCAGUUUGCAGGAUUUUAAUAAGUCAUCUGCAAGAACAUCAGCACAAACACAGACCCACACCCGCAAGAAGCGGGAGGUUUAUGGAGCAGACGGACGCUUUGUGAUCUCCGAUCCACAUUUUAUCACCAACUACCCGUUCUCCACUGCAGUUCGCCUCUCCACAGGCUGCUCUGGAGUCCUGGUGUCCCCAAAACAUGUGCUGACUGCAGCUCAGUGCAUCCACAACGGGAGUGAGUACCUGGAGAGCGCCAGGUGGUUGAAAGUAGGAGUACUGCAGCUGAAAACCAAAAGAAGAAAAGGAGGAGUAGGGAGGAGGAGAGGAGUAUGGCAGAGGGGUGGGAGGAGAGGUGAGGAGAAGGUAAUGGAGGAGAAAGAGGAGCAGAACAGAUUAGACGGAGAUGGAGUGAGAGGCAGGAGUGGAGUCAAAGGCAGAAGACGCCAAAGAAAAAGGGAGAGAGGUCAUGUGGGAGCUGAUGAUGGAGUUAUGGAUGAUUUUGAAAGAGGAAGGAAACAGAGGAGAUUCAACCGUGUUCGCCGCAAUAUUGGACGUAGAAACCAGCCUGUUUUCCGUUGGACACGAGUAAAACUAACCAAGCUCCCUCAAGGAUGGAUCCAAGGCAAGAGCUCCACCAACUCUGUUUCCUCUGACUAUGACUAUGCCCUUCUGGAGCUUAGACGCCCAGUCAAACAAAAGCACAUGAGGCUCGGAGUCGCUCCUUCCGCCGCCGCCCUCACUCGGAUCCACUUCUCGGGCUAUGACGUUGACAAAAGCCUGCUGGACGGACGCGGAGACGAGAAGGUGGUGUACCGAUUCUGCUCCGUGGCAAAGGAGUCUGACAAUUUGAUGUACCAGCAGUGCGACGCACAGCACGGUGCCACGGGGGCAGGCAUUUACGUUCGUCUCAGACAGGAAGUGGGAGACGAGGGCAGGAAAGUGAAGUGGCAGCGGAGGGUGAUUGGGGUGUUUUCAGGUCAUCAGUGGGUGGAGAUGGGAGGAGGCCAGCUGAGGGACUUUAACGUUGCUGUGAGGAUCACGCCUCCCAAAUAUGCUCAGAUUUGUCACUGGAUCUAUGGAGAUCCAAGACUCUGUAAAGAAGUCUGAACUUACAAAGCAAAGUUGUCACUUUAAGAGGCUCAAGGUGAAGCUGCUCUGAAGAGUUGUCCUUGUUAGUCAGAAUGUCUGUUGUUUAAGUCUUUAACAACAAAUAUGUCCUCCCUCCCAAAAUGACCUAAACCAAGCACUAAACCCGCCAUUAAAGCUUCACGCACACCUUGUUGUAUAGUUUAGCCUAAACGUCACUUUGUGUAACCAACAUCAAAUACAUGACUCAGAUAUUGCAUAUGUAUACAAAAGAGAACUUAUUAAUACACGUCCCGUGCAGCUAUUAUCCUUAAAAGUCCAGUGUCUAAAAAGGAGUGCCAUCUAAUGGUGAGACUGGAGCAUGCAACAAACAUGUGCAUCAAGCACUACGUUAACAUUUGCAUAACAGAAAGGCAUCACACAAGACUGUAAAUCCCUAAUCGAAUUAUAUUAAGUUUAUUUAAUAGGUUUAGUUUUUAAGCUAUGUUAUUCAUUAACUUUCAGAUUGACCAGAAUACUAAUAUUUCACACUCUCAGCUAAGAUAUAACUAUUGCACUUUUUAUGGCUAGGAAACAUUAAUAAUCACAACUACAUUUGCAUUUUAUUAUACAUAUGUACUGUAUUUGCUGAGUCCAAACGACGUUACCUUUUUCACACUAUAUGUGUUAAAAUACACAUGUUUCAUUAAUUUAUCAUUAAAUAUGUAAAGUCUGA